AUGGCCGACCGCAAGUACGACAUCGUCCUCUUCGGAGUCACCGGCUUCACGGGAAAGCUCGCGUGCGAGCACCUCCUCUCCAAGGGAUACCCCGUCAGGUGGGCGGUAUGCGCGCGCACGGAGGCGAAGGCCCGGUCCGUGCUCGCGUCGAUUGCGAGUCGCCUCGGCGUCCCCGACGACGUCCUGCCCCCGAUCUUGGUCGCCGACCUCCAACCCUCGAACUCGGACCCGGAACACGCCAGACUCCGCGGCGUGGUGCGCGACGCCGCCGUGGUCAUCACCGCGGCCGGGCCCUUCGAGAAGUACGGCGAACAUCUGGUGAGGAUGUGCGCGGAGGAGGGGACGCACUACGCGGACACCACGGGCGAGUCGGACUUUUUCAGGCGCUGCAUCGACCUCCACGACGCCACCGCGAGGGCCACCGGCGCGACGAUCGUGUCGCACUGCGGCAACGACUGCGUCCCGUGGGACCUCGCGGUCCUCGCCGCGGCGGAGCUGGCGCGCGAUCGAUUCGGUCCGCGAACGACGCUCUCCGCCGCCUCCACGUUCACGGAGCUUCCACCGGGCGUGGGCGCGUCGGGAGGCACCCUCGCCACGGCCAUCUAUCAGCUGGGUAAGAAACGCGGGGGAUCGAGGACCGCGUUCGACCCGCUGCUCAGGCUUCCGGACGGGUCCAAAUCGAAAGAGGCGACCAAGGUGAGAUCGCCAAAGUCGGACGUGUACUACGAAGAGUUCGGCGCGUACGCCGGGCCUUGGAUCAUGCAACCGGUGAUGGGCAACUGCGUUCGACGGUCCAACGCGUUGCUCGGAUACAACGCCGGCGAGGAGUUCGCGUACAGCGAGGCGCAGCUGCGGCAUCCUUCUUUCAUCCGUUGGAUCGCCGAUUCGUCGUACAACGCGCUCAUCGGAGCCGCCAUCUACGUCCCGCCGCUUUGCGCGCUCCUCCCCGCCCCCGGAGAAGGCCCCUCGCGCGAGGAGAUGAUUGCGGGGUACCUGAAGCUGCACCUGCGGGCGGAAGGAAAGGCGCCCGACGGGAAGAAAUUCAAGGUGAAGGGGCUGAUGACCUUCGACGAAGACACCGGGUACUUGUGCACCGGACGCAUGCUCGCAGAGAGCGGCAUGGAGCUGUUGGAGGCGGCCAAGGCGGGAGGGGAGAAGAAGGCGGGCGUGUUGACCCCGGCGACGGCGAUGGGGACCAGCCUACUGCGCCGCAUGGAGAGGGAGCUGCCCAUGAAGUGGGAGGUGGAGAUUGCAGAUUGA